CAACAAUCCGAAGGUGGGAAUCCCUCAAGGAAAGGCUGUUGGUGGCAGUUCUAUCCUCAAUGGCCUCUGUUGGUCCAGAGGCUCAGUGUCUGAUUACGAUGGUUGGGAAAAGUUGGGAAACAAGGGUUGGUCUUGGAAUGACCUACUUCCUUGCUUCAAAAAGUCUGAGAAGUUCACCUUCAAUGUUGAGCCUCAUAAUGCCCAGGAACUUCACAUACGUCCUCAAUCAGCUGCGCAUGGAUACAAUGGCUCAGUGCACGUCUCCUACCCUCAGUAAUUCUAUGACCAACCCUGUAAGUGAUACAAAUUGUCAAAGCUUUUCGUGCUCUGACUGGAGAACAGCCAAUGUUCUCGAAGGCUUUGCGCAGCUUGGUCUACCCGUUAUUGGUGACCUGAACAAUGGGACAGCCGCAGGGGCCAUGAUACUCCCUUCAAGCAUGCAACCUGAUAAUCAGACGAGGUUCGAUGCCAGAGAAGCUCACUUUAACUCGGCAUCUUGGAGAUACAACUUGCACAUUGCAACUAACCAGGCUGUCACACGACUUGUUUUGGAUAGUAACAGUGCACACAACUCAAGUCGGAGAGUGAUGGGAGUCGAGUUUGCUCCAAGAAACAAGUCCAAGGCGAGAUCAAUUUCUUGUACCCGAGAGGUAAUUGUUUCCGCUGGUGCGAUCUUCACUCCCACUUUACUUCAGGUAUCGGGAAUUGAGCCGUCAGAUGUUCUCAAGUCGCUCGACAUUUUGGUCAAGAUUGACCUUCCUGGCGUCGGAUGUAAUCUUCAGGAUCAUUCUAUGGUUUAUGCCAACUACUAUUAUCGCAAUGAAUCAUAUUUCAGGAGCAAUGAGAUAGCCGACGGUGUGUAUGAUGAAGCUGCCGAGGAGUACAUACGGAACAGAACAGGUCCUUGGACAGCACCUCUCAUAAACACGAUUGCAUUCCCGAGUCUUCGAUCUGCAACAGAUGACUGGAAACAGUUCAUGAACAAGAGUUCGGGGGAUGGCAUCCCCUCAAAUACCCCCAACUCUGUGAAGAAGGGCUACGAAUUCCAGAAAAAGAUUCUACAAGACCAAAUACUCAGCAAUGACGCAGGAACUUUUGAGACCAUGGCCAUCUCAUAG